AGUCAUCCAAUGAGAUCACGACAAAUAGUAGACUAGACAUUUGUUUAUAACAAGACACUUUCAACUACUAGGUUGCCGCGAGGACAGUUAAAUAGAAAUCCUUACUUGAAAAAACAGCGGUAAUAAGUUUCUGAAAACCUUUCAACAUGAACAACAUAUUGACAAAUUUACUUGUUGCGUUGCAACUGAUAUCACUGGGGUUGGCCGCUACAAAUAAGUUGAACAGCAGCAAUGGAAACAAAGACAACAAACCAAUGCAUCCAAAGUUAGCAGAAUUCAACAGAAACGCACAUUUAAGGCCGACAAAAUGUCAUAUUUGUCGAGUGUUGGUCACAGAACUUCAAGUUGAACUGCGCAAAACUGAAAAAAUCAAGGACACGCUCCACUUAUCACACAAACUUGAUGACGAUAACGCAUCCAACCAAAAGAGCAUCAACUACCAAACAUCGGAACUCCGAUUGAUGGAUAGUUUGGAGAAUGUUUGUCAAAACACGCAGCGAUAUAGGGCGAUUGCAGGUCCAGAGUUCCCAUACAUAAAAGGAGUUAAAAGCAUGUUUCAAACUGAGCUGGAAAAUAUGAUGGGGAACAAGGCUUUAAAGAUGCAACUGGAUGCACCGCAAGCCAUUAUUGAUGACCCAACACUGGAAAUCAGAAGGCUAGGGUCCCUCUGCAAUCAAAUGAUAGAGAAUCAUGAAGAAGACAUUGAAGAUUGGUAUAUGAACAACCACGAGGAAGAUCCCUUGUAUUACAUCUGCGCAGAGAAAGUACUGAAAGGUAGCGACACAGAUUGUCUAACAGCGUCGACAGUCGUUCCAGACUAUGCUACCAAACCACUGCCUGACGAUACACCUUCAAUCCUUCACACCGAGCUGUGAUAGGACAGCUGCCAAAAAUACACAUAUUUGUAAGAUCCGGGAAGACAUUCCAGAAAAAAACAAAGAAAUGUUAAGACUUUUAUUUUCAUAAUUUCUAAUCGAGUAGAUUUUUAGGUGUUGCAAAUGUUGAGUUCUAUAGACAAAUUUUUAAAGCA